GCUUCAGACUCUAACCAAAAAGUUCUCUAAGCCCUGCUAAACCCUAGCUCCUCCAUCCUCAGCACGAGUUAUGGCUCUACACCCGCUACGCCUCCGUCGAACCCUAACCACUCUGACCACGCUCCACCGCACUCUCUCCGUUUCCAACCUCAGUGUCCCUUCAGUUACAGCCCCAAUUCCCAAUUCCAUUUCCGACCUCGCGCCACCUCCGUCUUUCGGUAUCUUCCUAUCUCGAUGGUUCAGAUCAUCGGGGGGUCCACUUUCAUCGCCGAGACAGUACAAACUGUACAAAGAAGGGGAUGAGAUUACAGAAGAUACGGUUCUAUUCGAAGGUUGUGAUUACAAACAUUGGCUUAUCGUUGUUGAUUUCCCCAAAGAUAAUAAACCUCCUCCAGAAGAAAUGGUUCGUUCUUACGAAAAAAUUUGUGCUCAAGGCCUCGGCAUCAGUGUGGAUGAGGCUAAAAAAAGAAUAUAUGCGUGUAGCACGUCUACUUAUGAAGGUUUUCAGGUUUUAAUGUCUGAAGAAGAGUCUGAAAAAUUCAAUGAUGUACUUGGUGUGGUUUUCGUGUUGCCAGACUCCUACAUUGAUCCAGUAAACAAGGAGUAUGGAGGGGACAAGUAUGAGAAUGGUGUUAUCACAAAAAGACGACCGCCUCCUACUCAGUAUGGUAGAAACCAAGGUGGUAGGUCUCGUCAAAAUUAUCAAACUCAACAAAAUUACGGGCAGCAGCCACCCAUGAACAACAGAGAUUAUCCUCCUAGAGGAGGUGAUCCUCCAUACCAGGGCGGUUACAACCAAGGAGGGCAGGGAAAUUAUAAUUCUGGACGACAGCAGCCACCAAUGAACAACAGAGAUUAUGCUCCUAGAGGAGGUGAUCCUUUGUACCAGGGCAGUUACAACCAAGGAGGGCAGGGAAAUUAUAAUUCUGGACGACAGCAGCCACCAAUGAACAACAGAGAUUAUGCUCUUAGAGGAGGUGAUCCCUCGUACCAGGGCAGUUACAACCAAGGAGGGCAGGGAAACUAUAAUUCUGGACGACAAAGGGACUUCUUUCAAGGGGAGCAGAGGAAUUAUAUGCCUCCCGAGCAAAGGGAUUUUAGAGGAGAUAGCAGGAACUCUGUUCCUUCACAAAGUGGGAGUUAUGAGCAGGGGCCGAAUCCUGGCUAUGGGCAGGGACCAAAUCCUAGCUAUGGGCAGAAUUUCGAGCGAGGGGCGAAUCCUGCCAAUGAACAGAGUUUUCGGCAAGGAUCAAAUCCAGAACCUGGUCCGUUUGGGCAGAGUUCUGGGGAAGGACAAACUUACCCGGGGCAUGGAGAUGGUCAGGGAUUUUCACAUGGAGGGCAACAAGGAAGAUAGAUUCAACUGGUUCUUUGAGAUGAUUGAGAGAAUGGAAAUGCAAAGGACUCGUGGUGUCCUUUUUUUUCUUACUCUAUUACAUGUAGCAGUUUUUGUUCCGGCAUAGUAAAUAGUUGACUGUUUUAAACAUUUAAAAUGAAUCUCUCUUAUUUUCCAAA